CCAUUAUACAUUUAUACUUGUCUAUGAAAAUGAUGAAAUUUUAAAACAAAAAAAUGGAGCAAGAGAAGGAGAAGAACAAAGGGAGCGAGGAGAGAUGGAGAGGAGCCAUUGCUAACCUGACGGAGAUGUCUUCCAAUUUGGAGUCUCUUCAAAAACUGCUUCUCAAAAAAGCUGUUUUUGUCGAUGAAGAGACCUUCACCAAAGCCUCUCUCAGCUCUGAACAAGCCAGAACCAUCAAAGUUCUGGAGCAAAGAGUAGAGACUCUGGAAAGAGAGCUAGAUGCUGCCAUUACAGCUGCUGCUCAUGCUCGUUCAGAGAAAAGACAGGCUGAGGCAGCACAAAAAGCUGCUGAAUUACGUGCACAAGAGAUAACAAGAGAGCUUGAGAAUACCACAAGUAUGUGUAGUCUUGAAUUCUUAUUUCUUUUGAAAAAUAAAUCUUGAUUAAAGAUUAGGGAA